UGAAGAAACCAUAGAAUACUCUUCAGCGAGAACUGAAGUCUUGUAAUGGAACGACGGCCGUCAGUGGACACCAACUUGAGACAGUUGUUCAAAGCGUGUGAUCUAGACGGCUCUGGGUACCUCGACAAGUCGGAGUUGGCCAAGGUAUGUACGGAUUUGUCCAGUGAUGAACUGACGGAGGUGUUCCGUGAACUGGACAAGGAUGCUGACGGUAAGAUCAGCGUUGAAGAGUUCGCUCGGGGGUUCCGUGACAUUAGCAGCUCCUUGCUGAGUAUCAGUCGUGCCAAGCGUCGCCAGAGAUUGGCCAGUCAGAAGUCAGAUGACAAUGGCGAUGGCGGCGGAGGUGGACCGGAUGAGGAAUUCGUUGGUAGUCUCCAUGAUGGCUUGAAAUCACUUUCCUGCCAGGAGCAGAUCUGCGAGCUGUACCAGCACCUCCACGAGUCAGAGUCGCCUUACCUCCUUCCGCACUUCGAGAGCAUCGUGCUGGGUGUCCUGAAGGAUGUCAGACAAAUUCAGCAGGAGAAUGAGCGGCUUGAGAAGUCCUUCAAGAGAGAGAAGGAGCAACAUGAGCGUCUUAUGCGUCAGAUGGAGGAAGAGACGGAAAAUCAGGUCCAGAAGAUCGAAUCCCGGGUUAGGAAAGAGAUGUUGCGUGAUGCUGAACAAGAGAAAAUUGAGAUGAAGACCAGGUUCGAGAGUGAAAUUAACAUGCUCCACGAGAAUUUAAAGAAGUUACAGUCGCUGGAGACAAUGGUGAACCGUGACAGGAUGAGCGACGGUCAACUGAGCGAGCUGAAGUCUCGUCUCGAGGAGCUGUACCACGAGAACAGACAUAUGAAGAGCUCCCUGACAGACGCUCAGACGAGCCUCGCCCUGGCGCGCAGUGAGCUGGCCACCAUGAGACAAGAAUACAAAGACAAGUGUCACGAACUUCAGAUUGAGAAAGACACGGUGACGGAUUAUAUCAGGGAACAGGACAACCUCACUCGACAACUCCAUAUGUUGCACGAUGCAAACAAAAAACUUCACGAUACCAAUGACGAUUUAAGGGCAGCUUUAGAACAGACUCGAAUUCUGCACAAAAGGAAUCUAUCCGGCAGUUCAGCCGGAAAUGACUCGACCGAUCAUGGACAACUCUGUAAACAAGGAUCAGUUCUGUCUAGUUAUUUGGAUAGUCCAAUCGGAAGACAAGAAUGUAGCUUAACUUCCUCCUUGGCAGAAGAGUUCAGCAUGACGGAGAGUCGUCUGAACGAGAGCGGGAGUUCCAGGAGAUUCUUGACACAGGAGAGUUGUGACGUAGACAGCAUGGGGGAUCUGGAUAGCGGACAUUCAACGAUGCGUGAUUUCAAUGAACUUGACACAGAGUCCGAAUGUUUGAGCUAUGAGGGUGAUAAAAGAAGAAGACGUAGACCCAAACGACUGAAGGCAUUGUCAGCUUCCGACAGUGAGGACGAGAUGGACACAGGGACAGAAUCACCGAUCCCCAUGAGGCCUGGUUCUUCAGCCAGCAGAGGGUCGGGGAGCCUUGCCGUCCGCAGACAACUGCCACUGUUACCCAAAGAUGACAUUCCGCCUACGCCAAACCGUGAUCCAGAGCGCAUGUACAAAGUGGUUUUGGCAGGGGACGCCGCUGUCGGCAAAUCCAGCUUCAUUAUGAGGCUUUGCAAAGGGAAAUUCGUCAAUAACAUCAGCUCCACUCUGGGCGUAGACUUCCAGACAAAGAUCAUUGAAGUGGACGGAAGGACUGUGGCUCUACAGCUCUGGGACACAGCAGGGCAGGAGAGGUUUCGGAGUAUUGCUAAGUCAUACUUCCGUCGUGCUGACGGCGUCCUGUUGUUGUACGACUGUACUUACGAACGCUCCUUCCUGAAUGUCAGGGAAUGGAUAGAGGCCAUAGAGGAUGGCGCCCAGAAAAAGAUUCCAAUGAUGCUGUGCGGCAACAAGACUGACCUACGUGAAGAUAUGGAAAACCAAGGUCGGCGAACGGUUCGCUUUGAAGAUGGUGUCCGAUUGGCUCGGGAAUUUGACGCUCUGUUCAUCGAGACGAGCGCCAAGUCUGGAGACAACAUACACGAGGCUGUGUUGGAGCUGGCCAGGCUUCUUCGAACGAACGAGGAUAUUGAAGUGAAAUCCGUUGGUAUGCAACUGGAAUCCAUGCGUAACCAGAAAAAGAGUGGCUGUUGUAACUAAUGCAGAAGAGUAUUUGACAAGGGAAAUAACUCCCAAAACAGUGUAAACAUAUUAUGCCAUGUUCCUUUUAUUACUAGUCUUCCUCAGAUCAAACUUCGUUGUUUAAGUUAUUUAUUUUUGUAAAAUAUAAUGACGUUGUAUUUCAUUUAUAAACCAUCACAUUACACUCAUAUACAUAAGCCAUUGUUAAAUUUCCAAAGAUUAUCUCUAAAUGAAUAUUCUUGAGUACGGGGUAAAACACCAAUCAAACAAAUAAAUAAAUAUCUCUAAAUGUAUAUAUCCGGCAAUUUGAAUUCAGAUUAGUGUGGGACUUUCGGCCAAUAUCUUUCAAGACUUUCUUGUGACUUCCAUUUCAUAUGUCCGUGAUGUUUAAUUACUUUAAUUAGUGGCUAAUUAACAACAAUACAAUUUACCAUUGCCUUUAAUCUGUUUUAUCUAAAUUAUUGUCAUCUACUUUUUAUGUAUUAAGGAUUUUGUCACCUGUUUUAUUUAUCAUCUACCUUUGCAUACAUGUUUUAUUAUUAUUAUUUUUUCCUUUUAACUGGUCGCUGCAUAAGGCACAUGUAUUUAUCUCCCUGAUGAUAAUAUUUUGUCAUAUCAUGGCUAUACCGUUCAGCUUCAGUUCAUGAACUGGCUUUGUUAUGCCUAUAGGUUAUUUGACUUGUGUGAAGGGGUAAUAUCUCUAUUUUGCCAUUAAAUUAACAGUUCUCAUAUUCUGUCUAUGAUAGUUAGAAUACCGGUACAUGUAUAUUUAUAUUAGGUUA